UACAGUACUGUGUUAAAUUUUUAUGCAAGUGCUGUCCUUUCAAAUUUUUCUUUAAAUAUUUGCCAAUUCACUGCUGAACACCAGAGCCCAUCACAUCCUGUGCUGAAGGGGUUAAUCGUGUAGAGGAUGCAUCCUUCGGUUGGAAAGGUUGCCUUAAAAAUCGAGGUGAAGAGUCUUGCUCCAUUUUCCUAAUGAUGUUUGACAAGAUGAUGGCCUCAAACCAGCCCCUGGCAUACGCAGCGUUCAGGUGGAUUUUUAUUUCCCCUUCUACUGGUGAACAGGCCGAAGGGAAGUGUACUGCAGAGAACCCGAUGACUAGCUUGGUCACCUUGUCCUCCACGGACUGUUACAUCGUGCACGAGAUCUACAACGGAGAGAAUGCUCAGGACCAGUUUGAGUAUGAGCUGGAGCAGGCCCUGGAAGCCCAGUACAAAUACAUCGUGAUAGAGCCCACGCGCAUCGGCGACGAGACGGCCCGCUGGAUCACUGUUGGGAACUGCCUGCACAAGACGGCCGUGUUAGCGGGCACCACCUGUCUCUUCACCCCUUUGGCGCUUCCAGUAGAUUAUUCCCACUACAUCUCGCUGCCUGCUGGUGUGCUGAGCAUGGCUUGCUGCACCCUUUAUGGUAUCUCCUGGCAGUUUGAUCCUUGCUGCAAGUACCAAGUAGAGUACGAUGCCUAUAAACUUUCCCGCCUGCCCCUGCAUACGCUCACCUCCUCCACGCCGGUGGUGCUGGUGAGGAAGGACGACCUGCACAGAAAGAGACUGCAUAACACGAUAGCACUCGCUGCCCUGGUGUACUGUGUAAAGAAGAUCUAUGAACUCUACGCUGUAUGACUUCAGCGGGGAAGAGAGAAACCCACAAAGACAAGUGUAUUAAGACUCCCACAGUAACGUUUUGUUUUUCCUCUUUGAGAAGCAGUGGAGACUGGGAAGGAGUUGGUUUAAUAGAGCUGUUAUUUUUAAAAUAACACAUCACAGGUGCACCAAGGUUUUUCAGUUCUUCAUUACACUUAAAAUGUGGAUGUGCGGUGACUUGCGAGAGCUGUAUGUUGGGCCAUGGGAGUCUAAUCCAGCAGUGGAAAGUCAGUGAAAGAAAGCAAGCUAUAUAAAGAAAGGGGGGGGAGGGGCGAGAGCUUUUUUUUUUUUUCUUUUUUGGAAACAUUUAAGUAUAUUGUUUAAUUGUAUUACACAGAACCAGCCAGAAGUUAUCAUUGACCAUUAAAGGAUGAGAAUUUCAAAUA